AUGCCUUCCACAACAGAGGUUGCACAGCAAUUCGACUCGAUCGAGGAUACAAUUGCCGCCUUCAAGAAUGGCGAAUUCAUCAUUGUACUCGACUCACAAGACCGUGAGAACGAAGGAGAUCUUAUAAUUGCAGCCGACUCUAUUACCGCUGCACAGAUGGCAUUCCUCGUGCGCUACACAAGUGGCUUGAUAUGCGCCCCGAUCCUGCCUAACCUCGCAUCCCGCCUCGCCCUCCCCCAAAUGGUCGCCGAAAACGCAGACCCCAAAGGCACCGCCUACACCGUCACCAUCGACGCCAGCCACGCCUCCGUGACAACCGGCAUCUCCGCCGAAGACCGCGCGCUAACCUGCCGCACUCUCGCCUCCCCAGACGCCCAGAUCGACUCCUUCCGCCGGCCGGGCCACAUCAUCCCGCUGCAGGCGCGUGCGGGCGGCGUGCGCGAACGCAAGGGCCACACCGAGGCUGCGGUCGAAUUCUGCCGACUCGCUGGUAAGGCGCCUGUCGGUGUGAUUGCGGAGUUGGUGGAGGGCGGGGAUGUUGUUGAGGGUGUGCCGGAGAUUGUCGGGAACAAUGGGAUGAUGAGGCGGGAUGGGUGUUUGCGGUUUGGUAAGAAGUGGGGGAUUAAGGUGUGUACUAUUGAGGAUUUGGUGGAGUAUUUGGAGAGGACGGAGGGUGGGAAGAAUGGGCAUUGA